CAUGUAGCUAAAGUAGAACGAAAUCGAGAAGUUGGCCGCAUUUCAUGGCUAUUUCUGGAUACUUGGUAGUUGAUACCCCCAAAUCAUGGUAUUCCCCAAUCCAGCCCGCGGACAAAAAUAACAAACUCCCGGGGUACGGUGUCCCCCCAACUAUCCCUUGCCUGUGCACAUGUUAACAUCUCCGUUAUUUCCUACAUAGCGAUAAUAUGAGAGACUCCUAGCUCUGAUGGCAAACACCAGCCAUUCCUCAAACUCGCCUCGGACGAUGUGGCUUCUAUUGCUGUUCCUGGUGGGUUGUUCCUUUGUGAGUAACGCUCAGGAAGACCCAGGAUGGACCCCUGGAAAAUACCCGAACCCUUCCAGGCAACCCAGGCUGUGUGGGAGGGUCAACAGGACGUCAUCGUUCGUUUGUGACCCGGAUGGAAUACUAACACGAACAGAAGCUGAUCAUUUGGACCUGCUACUCUUCACCACCUUAAGGGACACGCCCUGUCCCUGUGAGACGUGUCCCGGUGAAAACGACGGUUACAACAUCGCCGUGGCGCUCAUGAAGAGGAUGAGCAAAAGUGGCAUUGCAGCUUCAUCACCACGAGUGAGGGCUCAGGGCUUCGCCAUGUACCUGAGAGCGAUCGCAUGGGAUUAUGGGACGUGUAACGAGGGCGUGGUCAUCUUGGUCUCAACGGAGGACAGACAGAUCUACACGGCUACGGGAGCCACCGCUCGUGAAAAACUCAUCGACGCCAUUGUAGACAACAUUUACGUGGAAACCCGGGAGUACUUUACCACUGGAAGGUGGGCGGCAGGUGUAAGUGUGAAGGGGGUGGCUCUGGAACUAGUAGUAGCUAUCAUCAGCAUGACCAUUGGUACCAUACGAGUCAUUACAGUGGAGGGUAUUAUGACGGAGGGGGUGGUGGUGGUAGUUAUAGCAGCGGUGGUGGUGGUGGUGAUAGUGGGGGUGGUGGGGGCGGGGGAGGAUUCUAAUAUAACUAGGAAUGUCACAGUAGCUCAAUUGGUAUCGGCUUCAUAG